CCCGGCACCUCGGGGAGGACGGUCGCGGCCUCUAGGGGGCUCUAGAGAGAGAGAGUCACCCGCCCCCCAGCGUGGCUUGGACCAGAAGGCAGCGCCGGGGCCGGGCUGCACGGAGGAGGCGGCUUCCCCCGCCGGGGCGGCGGCAGGGGCGGCUCCGGGAUCACAUGGGCGGAGGCAAGUCCCGGAGCCCCGGGCGGCUCUCCCAAGAGUUGGGCAGGCGGCAGCGGCGGCGGCAGCGGGAGCGCCGGCGUCUCCUCGCCCUCCCGUCCCUCCUGGACCCAGCCGCCCAGCCCGACAGGUAUGGCGCUGACCGUGGAUGUGGUGGGGCCGGCACCCUGGGGCUUUCGUAUCACCGGGGGCAGGGAUUUCCACAUGCCCAUCAUGGUGACCAAGGUAACGGAGCGGGGCAAGGCUGAGGCUGCCGACCUUCGGCCUGGCGACAUUAUCGUGGCCAUCAACGGGGAGAGUGCAGAGGGUAUGCUUCAUGCUGAGGCCCAGAGCAAGAUCCGGCAGAGCCCCUCCCCACUGCGGCUGCAGCUGGACCGGUCCCGGGCUGCCUCUCCUGGGCAGACCAAUGGGGAAAGCUCUGUGGAGGUGCUGGCCACACGUUUCCAGGGCUCCGUGAGGACGCACUCUGACAGCCAGUCCUCCUUCCGGUCUUCCUGCUCCAGCCCGGCAUCCCUCAGCCCCCGGGCAAGCAGCCCCUUCUCUACCCAGUCUCCCACCAGCCAGCACCCCCUCCCUGGAGAGGCGGUGAUCAGCCGCAGUUUCCAGAGCCUGGCACACACCCCGGGACUCAUUGCUGCUGACCGCCUGUCCUAUGGGGGCCACCCCAGAAGCCGACAGGCGGGCCUCGGCCGCGCUGGCGACUCGGCUGUACUGGUGCUGCCGCCCUCCCCGGGCCCCCGAUCCUCCAGCCCCAGAUUCAGUGUGGACUCAGAAGGGGGACGCCUCCACCUGGGAGAGGACUCCGAAGUCUUCAAGAUGCUGCAGGAAAAUCGUGAGGGGCGGGCGGCUCCCCGGCAGUCCAGCUCCUUUCGGCUCUUGCAGGAAGUCCUGGAGGCUGAGGAGAGAGAUGGCACACCUGCCUUCCUGCCCAGCUCAGUGAGCCCGCAGGCCUCCCUGCCUACCUCCAGAGCACUGGCCACCCCACCCAAGCUCCACACGUGUGAGAAGUGCAGCACCAGCAUCGCGAACCAGGCUGUGCGUAUCCAGGAGGGGCGGUACCGCCACCCCGGCUGCUAUACCUGUGCCGACUGCAGUCUGAAUCUGAAGAUGCGCGGGCACUUUUGGGUGGGGGAUGAGCUGUACUGUGAGAAGCACGCCCGCCAGCGCUACUCAGCACCUCCCACCUUCAACUCUCAAGCCUGAGCGCCCGCUGUGCUCUCAGGCCGCCCUUGACUGUGGGCACCUGCGCACCUGGGGCCAUGCCAAUAGCAAGCUGGCAUGGAAGGGUGAUGGUGGGCGGUGGGGCCCCUUCCUCCUCACUGGAUGAGGCCAGAGGUUGGGGCCCAUCUUGGGCUGUGGGUGAAAGCAGGCUGACCUUCCCAGGCCUUUGCCAGAUACUCUCGCUUCCCCCCUGCAGGACAGGCUGUGCACCAAAGUCUGAGGUGGGCUGUGCAUCGGACAUCUUUGUGCAACAGGGGUUAAGCAGGUUGGGUCAUGGAGAUUAGUAUCUAGAAGGAGAGGGGUGGCCCAGAGACUAAAGGCAUUCAGUGUGUAACGUUUGCGACGUGUGAGCCCGAUAAAUAUAUAUACACGUGAAGAAAAUAACGUAGCUGCCCCUC